AGCUCAAAUCCUCCCAUGUGUCUUGGGCAUGCUGACCUACACCGCGAAUCGACAGUGGUGAAGGGUUCAGCUGGUCAAAGACCAAAAAAAAGAUAAAAAAGAAUGUCCCGCAGGUGUUGGAAGUGGAGGAUGAGAAUACUGGUCUUUUCGCUUGGUGCAAAUGUUGCUUCAUCCACCGACUUGGCUUCUGUGAACAUCAGCAUGCCGAAAAAUCAGACCGCUGCAGCGAUGGCCAUCGGCGAGAUUGCUGCAAACGCAGCAGCUGCUGCAGGUGCUUCCCCAGAAGUGGUCAUUCAAAGUGCAGCCAAUCGAGCCGGGAUGGAUGCAGCCGAGAGCGCCAGAGAACAAGGGAUGACACAGCCUCAAGUCGAAGCUGCUGCUGCUCACGAAGCUGAAGAAGCUGCGAAAUCGGCCGGUGCGACACCCGACGAGGCCGCAACAGCAGCUGGAAACUUAGCGGUGGAGGUCACCAAGCAGGAUCCUACAACGGGAAUGACAGGGAUUGCAACGAGCGACGCGUGGUCCAUGGUGCCAGGGACAGAUUGCUUAAAUUGGUGGGGAGAUGGAUGCCAGUCCAUUACCACAGAGGCUGCAUGCUUGAGCAGCCGUUCCGGAAAUGAGAUAGCCAUACAGCUUGGGGGCAAAAAGUCCUUUGGGCAACCUUGCGUGUGGUGCGCUGGAAAGCAAUGCCUCGCCAACUCCACUUUGGCAUCAGUUUGUGCUCCACGGUCUAUGCUGCCAGACAUUCUUCCGCCCGGGUUUUCAGCUGCUACAUGCUCAGGUAACAGUGCAGCUACAAGAGAGACAGCCUCAAAGCUAUGGCAGCAGAGUGUGCCGGACGAGCUUCGUGGUGGCGGGUAUCCGCGGAGGGACUUGAACUUCGAGCCGGUCUUCAAUGCAGGUGAUGCUAAAGAAGGUGGUCACGCUUGCCGCCACAAAAGCAUCGAAGAUGCAAGCAACCUGGACCCGUUCUCCAGAAAUUACUAUGCAACCUGGACAGCGGACUUGAAGGAAUGCCUGGACAUUUGCAGUUGGAAACAGGACUGCACUGGAAUUGAGCAUUCCGAAACCAACAACUAUUGCGAAGUUUGGAAUGUUCCAAUUGAGUGGGUGGCUCCGCUGGACGGUUACACAUGCUUCCGAGCGAUGCCAGCAACAAGCAACGUAUCAGCAGGGACUGUCAGAUGGAGAGCAGGAGACACAAUGGCCGUUGAAGAGCGCGUUGGAAGUCCCGUGCCCUCUUUCUUCUGGGUGAUCGGAGGUCUCGUUGUCAUUGCCUUGGUGGUGGCAAUUUGUGUCGUGUGGAGGUCAAGGAAAAGGAGAAAGAAGGACCAAAAGGCAACGAAAAGGUCCGUCAAGACCGAUGACAACCUGGAGCAGAAUGGAUCCGGUGAUGAGAUGCAACCUUUGGUGGCUCCCUUUGGAACACCUACAAAUGCCUCUUCUACGCCAUCUUUUGCAGGUUCGUUCAGCGGCUUGGGUGCAGGACCAGGUCAAAGCAAGACAACGCCUUUUGGAGCCUACUCCGGCUAUGGCGGGCAUGGCUACGGUUCUGACGCCGGGUGCUCUGGCUACAGCUACGGUUACGAAGCGGUCGGAGGUGCUCAAGGACCUCAGGUUGGGGACAGCAACUAUUUGCAGCAGUUGCGGCAGUGGCUGCAGCAAUACGAAGCUGCACGCUUCCAAGAGCUCGCUCAGUUGCAAUCAAGUGCACCACAGGCUGGUUGGGGUCAGACUCCUGCCUGGGCUGGCUGAGCUGAAGCAAAUGCGGGAUUUUGUACCAUAUGUACAUCCAUGAGUCUGACGUAUCACUAUCACUUUGUUAGGCAUUGCUGAAAUGCAUGCCACGAGUGAGAAAUAUUCCUAUCAUGUAUCAGUGGCUACUGUCAUUGUAGCACACGUAAAACCAUGGCCCACAUGGCUCGUCGAAUGAGAUCGGGUUUUCAUCAAUUCUGACAGAAGCUGUUGCGAAAGGGCCGUGCAAACAACUCUUCGGCCAAGAGAGCCGACUGUGGAGGGUGCACAAGUCUCACUGGAAAA